AUGCACACCACAAAGAACCAGAAGGCCUUUGCCGACGGUUGGAAGGAUCCCGAUUGGUUCCAACAAGCUGUCUUCAUUGACAAAAAGAAGCGUGCUCAGCUGCGCGAGAAGUCGGAGAAGGCCGAACGGCCGACUGACCCACCGCUCUCCGACGUAGACGCCUGGGCUCAGUUCCUAGGGCAGAAUGUGUUUCGCCGCCCACAUGGGAUCAGAUUCGAAGGCAACCAGCCCGACCAGGCCCAGCUGCAAGGCUGGCUAAUUUUCAAACAAAUCGGGCCUGCCCGCCCGGGAACGAAGGAGGAGUCCCGUCGCACCCGCAAUGUGGCAAAUCACGUGAUUUGCCGGUAUUUCGCCGAGCAUGCCGAAGAAUAUCGUGGGACGGUCAUGUCCCUGGGAGGCACCAUUUCGGAAAUGUGGGCGCCGUCGCCCUACCCCCAUGCCAAAAACGUGGAAAUCAAUGAUUUCCUGAAGCACGCGGCGAUAUGCGGACUCCAGCAUGAAAUGGCGGAGGGUCCCCUCCGCGCAUUCGCUAUACAGUGGCUCGCCGACUACACCGGACCCGCUGUGGCGUGA